GAGACUGUUGCGAGAUUCAAUUCAUCACUCAUGGGACGUUCGCAAUAGCCAUGGUGCUCGAUAAAUUGACACGGAAGCUUAAACAUAAGUUCCAUCGCGGCAAGAAUGAUUCUGGUGGGUCUUUGAGCACUCUAGACAAGUCUGGACAGUCUUCUAUUGUGCCUCCCCACGGUGCGCCGCCUCAAUCCCCGCACACAAGCCUUGUAGGACCAGAUCUCGAGACGACUCCCGCUCCUGUAUCUUCUCCUGCAGAUGAUGCGCUGAAUCAUGAAUCCUCCACUAAAAACGAGGAGUCCGUCGAUCCAGAAAAGGAUGUCCCGAGCCAGGAAGAAAAGGAACGAGCGCCAGACUCAGAAACAGCAAGCUUCGAGACCCUUCCACCAAUUUCCUCACUCUGGGAUGAGGCUUUCGACGGGCUGGAAAGUAAUAGCGCCACCAAGGAGCUAAUGAAUGCAUAUGAAAGCCUGAUCGCAAAGUCGAAUAAGGGUCAAAAUGUUCCCAAAGAACGAGGUUCGCGGCGAGACCAAUUAGACGUGUUUGUCGAGGAGAAAACCGACGAGAUCGAGAAGGGGUCCUGGAAGAUUCGCUUCAAAGACCAUGAAUUUCUCGUGAAAGACCUCGUUGAGCCGGUGGUGAGCAUCGUUGAUUGGGGAAAGGAGUACGUUGGGCAGGCAGUCAAAGUAUCUACUCCGGCAUCCCUUGCCUGGGCAGGCGUAUGUUUGCUACUUCCGCUCCUCCUGAAUCCUAGCGAACAAGAGGCCUCUCGUAUUGGUGGCCUUGACAAGAUCGCAUGCAUCAUCCGCGAAUGUUCCCUUCGCGAGGCCUUGUACAGAAGUCGGUACGAGACACCCGACAACGAACGAAUCCCGAGUGAUUCCAUUGCGGUACAUAAAGAAUACAGAGAGAGCAUCAAAGUCCUUUACUCUCAGAUUAUAAGCUUCCAGGCCUCUUACGUCUGCUUUCUCUCUGAACACAACACAGCCGUGCAGCUCAUUCAGGAUAUGGUCAAAUGGGAGGACUGGGAUAGCAUGAUUGAAGACAUCACGGCGAAGAACGAGAAUCUCAAAUCCCUCGACGAGAAGUGGCAAGGUCUCUCGCAAGAAGAAGAAUGGAAGGCCAUGACCAAACACCACCAAGAAAACUUGACAAAGCUGGAUGCUAUCCACGCGGAGAUGGAACGGUUCUCUGGGCUUCUGCGUGCCGCUGAAGACCACCAGGAGCGCAAAGAAUUGCUCAUCUGGCUGCAGCAGGCGGUGACGCCCUCGGUUCAUUACGACGCUGCCGUGGAAAAGCGCAGGAAACACUCCACGGGGACAUGGUUCUUGCAGAGCGAUAAGUUUAGGGAAUGGGAAUCCGCAUCAAAUUCGCUCCUGUGGGUGAUUGGCAAGGCUGGUGCUGGGAAGUCAGUGUUGAGCUCAACCAUCAUCCAACAUCUCACCGAGACGUAUGAAGAGGAUCCGUACAUCGCGGUAGUCUACUUCUACAUUAGUGCCAACGACAAGGCGACUCGCAGCGUCAACAACCUCACCAGAUCACUGGUCACGCAGCUCUUUGGUCUCCGACCCGACAAGCCCAAAGUUCUCACCAAUCUCGGCACCUACCAGUACGCAUCGGGUGCUCCGCCGCAAUCCAAGCUUGAGGAGGCGUUGUGCUCGGCAGCAGGAGACUUCACCCAGACGUAUGUGGUCAUUGACGGACUGGACGAGUGUCCGUCGUCUGGAGAUAGCGGAUCAGGGCAGGGAGAGCGCCGAGUGCUUCUUGACCUGCUCGAAACGAUGCAGGCCUGGGAGUUGAAGAACCUUCACCUACUCACGACGAGCCGUCGCGAACACGACAUCGAAAAAGCCCUGGAGGAAAUUCCACAGUGUCAAAUUCUUGAUCUCACCGCCAAGGGUUCUCUAUUAGGAGUUGGUGGUGAUAUCGGUCUUUACAUCGACAAUGAGCUGCGAAGAGGCAUCUUCAGAACCCUGUCAGCGGAUCUUAAGGACAAGAUCAAGAGGGACCUUCUUGCCAAGGCUGAUGGCGUGUUUCAUUACGUGUCCUUACAGCUCGAUAACUUCCAAGCCCCAUUGACAAAGAAGUCAGUAGAGACGACACUGGCUGGUUUGCCCAAGGACUUGGACGAAACCUACAAAAAGGCCUUGGGUCGAUUGACAAAGGAGCAAAGGCCCCUGGCCAUUCGCGCGCUAACCUGGGUGUCCUUCUCUCUGACUCCCCUCACAAUCUUGGGGCUUGCUGCUGCUGUUCCAGUUGAUUUCGUCAAAACCACCACGCAGUCCUCUGACACCACCGAAGAAUCCUACUCCUUGGAACCGCUCAAUCCGGAUGACAAGCUUGAACAUCCUCUUGAUGUUCUGUACCUACUUCCUGGGCUGCAUAAUCUCCAGAGCAAAGAAGCCUUGAGGAGGGCAGAAAGCCGGCUGAAUCCGAGCGAGAAGCCACACCAGGUUGUGGUCUUGACGCACUUCACACUGCUAGAGUACUUGACUUCAGACGGCAUCAAGGAUGAUAAAUCACCAGCCGGAAAGUUUGCGCUCUCCAAAUCGACGGCCAAUUUGCAACUGGCAGAAGCAUGCCUUCGAUAUCACAUCGAUUGGAGCCAGAACGCCUCUUCCCUAGACAGAAACCAGGCUCGCAAAGAAUACGGCCUAUGUGACUAUGCAGCUUCCUAUGGUCUUCGGCAUGCUGAGAGCAUCGGCCGGAUAAACUGGUCGCUUUCGCUACAACGAAUGGUGCGAUUUGUGAUGCAGGACGGAGACGAGCCGUUCGCCAAGCUAAAGUUGCACUCUGACUACAACUCUCGACGGGCACACGAUCUACCCGUCCAGUACGCCGUCGACAAAAGUCUGUUGGAGACAGUUGCGUUUCUGUUGGAUGUGAAUAUGGCCGAAGUCAACUUCCAGCCUGAGGUUGGAGAGGCCCUGAUUAUCCAGGCGGUUAAAAACAGGGACGAAGCCAUGGUCCGUCUGUUGCUCGUGUAUGGUGCUGAUGCAAAAACCAAGACGAGAGCUGGAGAGCCUGCGCUAUGCGAAGCCCUGAGAAACAAUGACCCGGACAUGGUUCAACUACUACUCGAGUUCAACGCUGAUAUCGAGGCCAAGACCGAGAAAGGCGAUCCGGCGCUGGUUUUGGCUGCAAGACAUCGAGACGUGCCCAUUGUAAAAGUUUUGCUUGAGAAUGGCGCGGAUGUGAACGCAAGCAACAGGGUGGGAGAAACGGCCCUGUUCGAGGCGGUUCUCAGUGGAAAGAAGGCUCUGGUGCAAGCCGUCCUAGCGAAGAAGCCAAACGUAUGCGCCCAGACCAGAAACGGAGAAACGGCGCUUCACAGAGCUGUUGUCCAUGGGGACAGAGAUCUAGUGCAGCGCCUGCUCAGGCUGGGAGCAGACGCCAAUGCAACAACCGAGACUGGCGAGACGCCUCUGCACUGGGCCGCGUCGUUCCGAUUUGGAAGUGAUGGCGGCAUAAUGAAGCUACUCUUGGGCAGCGGUGCAAAGGUUAAUGAACAAACCCACCUGGGAGAUACGGCGCUGCAUCUUACAGCAAGGACUUUGGAAUACUCUGAGUUAAAGUUUCGUCUUGAGUACGGCGCGGAUGUUAAUACAGCUAAUAAGGCUGGAGAAACAGCGGCGUUUUUAGCAGCUAGAGCUUCUAGGGGGUGAUAAGCUAUAUAUUAAAUACGGAAUUUGCUAUAUAUGAUGGAUGAAGCAAUUACUCGGAGUUAUUGAGAAGGUAGGGCACCCUAGUAUAUGUACACCUAGAGGGGGAACUAGAAUAGUAAAUUAGAACUGAUAUCUUUUAAUAUAACUAAUAUAUAUAC